AUGGAUAAUCAACAGCUGGAGCUAGAAAACACUAAUUACAGUGAAAGCUCGUCCAACACAAAAGCUUUAGCCAGCCUUAAAGGAAGCUUGCCAGAGGACUGUUACUAUAGUGCAGAUGAGGAUUUCCAGCUUGAGAAUGAGGAGGUGGUUAAUACAAGCCUGGUAGCUCCUAGUGGAAGAUUUUCGAAUUCGAAUAGGAGCAGUGGAUUAAAGACUUUAGGAAAUAACAGCCAAAACUUCAAACAGGAAAAUGGCCGGAGCCAAAAAAUCUCUUUAUCUGGGCUUGAAAAUAGAUUUCAGGAUAAUAUUAAAGGAAAGGGAAGAGUUUUUGGUAAUGUUUACCAGUUAGAGAAAACUGGGAUUGAUGAGUAUACUUGCCAAGCUUGUGAGCUUGAUACAAACUCAAGCCUGUCAGUAUUAUCAAGUUCAGAAGACAAUAUCUCAGAGUUUAGUGUGUUAAGCGAUACUGAUAUAUUUUCACUUCCAGUUGAAAAACAAAAUUCAUUAAUACUUAAAGCUUCUAAGAUUGGGAAUCUUCAAUUAGUUCGUCAACUGAUUGCCUCUUCCAAAUUAAAUGCUAAUGCUACCAAUGAAAAAGGGUUUUCUUCACUUCACUGGGCUUCUCUUAAGGGGCAUUCCCAAGUGGUAGAAGAAUUGUUAAAUGCUGAUGCUGACCCCAAUUCUAAAAAUAUUAUGCUCUGCACUCCUUUGCACUUUUCAGCCAACAAUGGAUUUGACGAGAUUGUAAGCAAAUUAUUAAAGGCAGGUGCAGAUCCUAACUCCGUAAGUGCUCUUGGACACACACCUAUAUUUUCUGCAGCUUUUAUGGGCCAUGAAAAUACUGUAAAAACUUUACUUAAAAGUGGUGCCGAUCCAAACCACAAAAAUAAGCAAGGCCUAACUCCUAAAGGUGCAGCUGAAUCCCAAGGUUACUCAGAUAUUGUAAAAAUCCUAGAAGGAGCGUGCAUGCACUGA